AUGGCCAACACGGCACGAGAUACUCACAUGGCCGACACCAUGGAGAUGAUCAGAAGACUAGCGACACUGGAGACCGAAUUGAGAAUAGAGAGGGAGCAACAUGCAUUGGCACAACAAUGCAUCACUCACAUGGCCCAACAGCUUGCCAGACGUGAUCAAAGAUCUGCCACACCAGCCUUCAGAGAAACCAUCGAACACCGCGGCAGAAGACUCGAGAGAUUUGAUCGCGAUGUUGGAUCCAGGACUCGACCAGAGACCGGGCAGCAUGCAGGACCAGGAGGCAAUGGAGGCAGAGAGCAGACUGGAAAACAGAAGGUUCAGGAGGACGAUCUCAUCACUUGUGAUGAUGAAGAUAUGCCAGUGAAUUCUGUGCAUUCGCCUUCUCUGGUACCCUGCAAGACACGCCCUACUCCUAUCGGUCCUGGUUCCGAACAGACAUUCAGAGCCAAAUGUCUCGCCUUCUUAAAGCAGAAUGACGCCAAACACGAGGUAGCGAACACUGGCAAGGAGAAGGAAGGUACACUUCUCACUUUCGAAAACAGCGGUGACAUCUGCAGCGAGAACAUGCUCCCGAGCAACGGCAGUGUUGCACAACCCUCUCAAGACUUCGGCGAACAAGUCGCAAAGACGCCAGACUUCCUUACGCUCAAGAGCUUGUCACACCGCUACAAGAAUCAGACGCCCACAGGACCGUCUCUCAACGCAUCCAGAUGGGCUGCACUAGGAAAGAGAGUCAUCAAGCCAGAGGUGGAAGAAAAUCUGAUGCAGUUCACUGAGGAUGAUGAGAUAUCUGAAGAAACUGUGGUCGAGGAGCGCAAGGAAUCUCUGACUGAGGAGCAGCUCGAAGAGGCAAAGCAAAAGCGUGCAGCAGAGCUCCGACAGAACCAAGCACUGGUCAUGUUUGAUCCUGCCCCUAGCGAGGACACGCUUCGCACAGUUCUUGUCACGGACAUCCCCAAGAACAAGUCAGAGACAGAUGUGAUGCGCAUGGUCUCAGGAGGCAUGGUCGUCAAGGUCCAAUCGAUGAAAACUGGAUUGAUGAACAUUGCGCCAACCAUCAACAGCAAGACGAUGAUGAUCACGUUCUUGCAAGCCAAGGACGCUCGUGAGUUCGUGAGAUCAGUGAAGGACAGGGUCGAGCCGAAGUUCAGUAUCCUCAAGACACCGACCUACCCCGUCAACGGAUACCUGGCCGAUGACAUGAUGUACAACGGCAUCACACGCUGCUUGGCCAUUCACGGCUUGCAUGAGAACGUCUCAUUGAAGGAUCUCUGCGAAACCACUUGUCCGCGCGGGCUCAAGUAUGGCAACGUGCUCGACGCAUACAGAGACAAGCAGGGCGUGUGCCAUCUGGAGUUUACAUCCGUCUCGGCAGCGAUGAAUAGUCGAUGGGAGCUCAUGAAUAAUCUCUUCAGACGACUCACUAAAGUGGUGCAUGAAGCUGAUCCAUGCGACCGCAAGAUUCCCGGCACGGCUGAACAAGGAACGAAGGAAGAAACUGGAGCCGAGGAUUCAGAGGGCGAGAUUGAGGAGUCGGGAGACGGAGGCGAGACUGACAAUGAGACGCAGGCAGGAGCGGUAUCCGAGUCGGAGUCGCCCACAGGAGAAAAGGAUGCAGAUGGAUGGCCCAUCGGAGGCUUGGAUUACGAUUGA